UCCUCAAGGGAAAGAAAAACCCAUUGAUAUAAAACCUCACUUCCCUGCUGGCUUCCUCUGCUAAAUGCCACUCCAGUAGAGAACAAGUGUUGAUAAAAACAGGGGAAAGAAAAAAUUAACUCUGUCCUCUGCUGCAGCUGACGCACCCCCCAGGCACCUCUUGUGAUCUGCUUGCUCACAAUCAAGGGACGCAGGUGCAGCAGAUGCUGACUCAGCCCGGGCCAUUAAGUGCAAGGCCAUGGGACCUGGACACUCUUCUUAUUUCCUCUAUUCAGAGGGCACAUUGUGAGAUGUGGUCCAGAGGAGCACCAAAAAAAAUUGUCACAGGCAGGGAGGUGCUUCCUAAUGAAGAGCAUCCACUCCCCUACAGUCUGGAAAGAUUAUACAGAGUUAUCAAGCAAGAAGAAAUUAGGAAACUAUGGGCAGGGCACGAAGGCCUCCAGCUGGGCAGCACAAGCACUGUGAGAAAUGCUUCAACCGUCACUGCCACAUUCCUGUGGAGCCCAGUGUCUCCUGCCUGGUAGUAAACUGCCAUCUGUCCUGUGGCGCUACCUUCCACAUGUGCAAAGCAGCAGAGCACGAGCUCCUCUGCCCUUUAGAGCAGGUUCCAUGCCUCAACUCUGAAUAUGGCUGCCCCCUCUCCAUGUCCCACCACAAACUGGCCAAGCACCUGCACGCGUGUCCCGCCAGUGUGGUGUGCUGCUCCAUGGAGUGGAACCGCUGGCCAAAUGUGGACUCUGAGACAACCCUUCACGAGAAUAUCAUGAAAGAGACCCCCAGUGAGGAGUGUUUGGAUACAGCCCUGGCCCUCCAGGAUCAGAAGGUCCUUUUUAGAUCUUUGAAAAUGGUAGAACUUUUCCCAGAAACUAGAGAGCCCAUUGAGGAGGAACCUAGGAAUGGAGAAGCCAGCUGGGAGGACCUGGGCGGAGCAGCAGGUGGAGCAGAUGCCGAUUUGGUACCUCAUGGCUCUCUAUCAGCAGCUAAUGGAGAGAUGGCAGAGCUGAGUCAAGAAGAACGAGAGGCAUUAGCCAAAACCAAAGAAGGGAUUGACCUGGUCAAGUUUGAUAAGUGGGAAAAUAUGUUCAGCAAAGAACAUGCAGCCGCUGCUUUAACAAGCUCUUCAGCCAGCUGUGAGGGCAAGAGCAGAGAUGGUCCAGAGAAAGAACAGAUUUCCAACUGUAGUGACAUGGCAGGAGAGGGCACAGCCAAAGGGAAAGAAGCACAGGGAAACCAGAAGCAGCAGGACUUUCAUGCAGCAGUGGAAACAACAGGGCUCGCUCCUUGGCAGGAUGGUGUUCUAGAAAGACUGAAAACAGCUGUAGAUGCAAAGGACUAUAACAUGUAUCUGGUGCACAAUGGGAGGAUGCUUAUUCACUUUGGUCAGAUGCCUGCUUGUACGCCUAAGGAGAGAGACUUUGUUUAUGGCAACCUUGAAGCUCAGGAAGUGAAGACUGUUUACACCUUCAAAGUUCCUGUGAGCUACUCUGGGAAGCGGGCUCGCAUCGGAGACGCCAUGUCAAGUUGUAAACCAAGUGAACACAAGGCAGUAGAUACUUCAGAUUUAGGGGUUACUGUGGAGGACCUGCCCAAAUCAGAUCUCAUUAAGACCACCCUCCUAUGUGCUUUAGAAAGAGAACUCAAAGGUCAUAUCAUCUCUGAAUCCAGGAGCAUUGAUGGGCUGUUCAUGGAUUUUGCUACACAGACAUACAGUUUUGAGCCAGAACAGUUUUCCUCUGGUACCGUGCUGGCUGACCUCACCACUACCAACCCCAGUGGGCUCCAUGUGGAGCUUCACAGUGAGUGUGUGACCAGGAGACACAAUAAGAGCAGCUCUGCCUUCACUUUCACAUGCAACAAAUUCUUCAGGAGGGAUGAGUUCCCUCUACACUUUAAGAAUGUCCACACAGACAUUCAGUCAUGUCUCAAUGGCUGGUUCCAGCAUCGAUGCCCUCUUGCCUACUUGGGAUGUACAUUUAUCCAAAACCAUUUCCGCCCCCCUGGGCAAAAGGCAAAAGUGAUCUAUAGUCAGGAGCUCAAGAACUUUGUCAUCAAGCCAGAGGUUGCUUCAGAGCUGAGUGAGGGAAGGAAGAACAACUAUCUUUCAGCCCAUGGAGGAAAAGGCCAGAAUUCCUUAACCAGCCUUCCCUUGGAAGUUCUGCAGUACAUUGCUGGGUUCCUGGACAGCAUCAGCCUGUCCCAGCUCUCCCAGGUAUCUGUGCUGAUGAGGAACAUCUGUGCCACUUUGUUACAAGAGAGAGGGAUGGUCCUCCUGCAAUGGAAGAAGAGGUAUUCCCAUGGAGGCACUACCUGGAGAGUCCACAGAAAGAUAUGGCAAUUCAGCAGCCUCUUCUCCAAAAUCAAGAGCUGGGAGUUUAAUGAAGUUGCCUCCAUGUCUGAGCACCUGAAGGUCUGUCCUUUCAACACUGUAGAGCACAAGACUGACCCCAUUCUUUUGACCAGCAUGUGUCAGCAACAUGAGCAGGCCCAAGAGAGCUUAGUCACCACCUUUAGAGCCAGACUACGAGGAAGACACAACUACUAAAGAUUCAAAUGCCAGCAUUCUUGGAUUCCCCCUCAGAGUUACUGACAGUAGUACAGAGUGUGGUUUUUGAGGACUUUCUUCUGGAAACUGCAUAUGUGCUUAUCGGGUGUAUUGGAACAUGCGAUGUCCUUCAAAACCUGAGCAGUUGCAUAAGGUAUAAGAAUUUCCUAAGCCAUGGUUUGUACAAUUGCUAUAGUGCCAUACUGAUAACGUAUUUCCUUCCUUUUUUUCCCCUAAAAUAAUAUGAGGAGAAAAUAGGUAACUUGAGGUCAUCGCUUAGGAGAUGAGAGAGCAGUGAGAUUCCAUAACCAGCACAGGCCUGUGCUUUUGUGGAGAGUUUGGUAGUUUACAAGCACUUUCAAAUUUAUGGGCAGGCAAUGUAGGGAUGGCCACUGAGGUGCCUCCCAGGGUACCCAGAGUGAAGGACACAUAGUUUGAAGGUUCUGGAACUGGGUUUUCCUGACAGUCAAGUCCAGGCUUCUUUUCAUCACCCCACUGCCUCUAAGCACAAAAAGUCCAAACAAAGCCCAACAGAGUAGAAAACUUGGCUGAGCAGAGCUCCCUCCAGGACAUCACAGGCCAAAGGAUAAGAGGCAGAAAUGAGGUCACAGUGUUUGUCCUGUAGAAUCUUGGCAACAUAUAAAAGGACAGCCUUGAAAAAUGAAGAGUCCAAAGAAGACACUGUAUUUAUUGAGAAAACUAGGACAAAAAGCCACAAGCCUACUUUCAAACAUUUUAAUAGUGAGUGAGAGUCAAGGUUCUUUUCUUCUGAAAAGUAUAUUCUAGGUCUGGAUUAGGGAGAGCAUAGGUAUAGCCCAGCACCAUCCUGGGAUAUCUGAAAUGACCUCAAGACACUAAUGCUGACUUCUGUGUCGUGCCAGAAUGCACAAAGGAACCCAAGGAGACCAUGCACUUGACAAAGUCCAGACAAGGCCCACUGCAGUGCCUGUGGUCCAGUCUCUAGGUCUCAGAUACCACCUGAGUACCUCUUAGGGUGUCUUGGGAAGGAAGACCUAUGAACAUAGUGGUUCCCUAUAACUGCUCCUACUUAUUGCUGGUCAUGACUCCAGUAUGUCAAAAAAUGGGUGAUGCUGAUGGUUUUUGGUAACAAACAGUGAACAUUCAUGAAAACAAAAGUAAAAUAAAAAUAUAUAAUAGAAACCGGUAUCCCCUAAAGCUGGGAACAAUUGACAUUUUGAACUGGAUAAUUAUUUGUCAUAAGGGGCUUUCCUGUGUGUUAUAGGAUAUUUAGAGGCAUCCUUGGCCUUUAUCCAAUAAACAGUAGCACCUUCACAGAUGCUACAGCCAAAAAUGUCUCCAGACAUUGCUAAAUACCCUCUGGGAGUAAACUGCUCCUGGUUGAGAACCACUGCUUUAAAGGAUGACAUGCUAGUGACAGUAAGUUAAGAUAAGCUUUUCAGUACAGUGAAAUCUUACAUAGUUAUGUACAAUGGCUAUAAUUUCACAUAGCACUUUAUUUACUAAAUAGGUUUUGGACACAUAGUGCUUCUAGGUUGGGAACCAGAUGGAGGUGGCAUGUUUGGUGUGGCUUCCUUUCCUUGGGUUGUGUCCAAAAAUAUAUCCCUUCAGCUCUCUCCAGGUGUAGCUGAAGCCAGGAAAGUGGAACUAUUACUCUUGUGUUUAUAUUCCUCUCAUCUUAAUUGGUGCCAUUUCCCCAGCAGUCUUAGCAAAACUCAAGCAAGUGAGAAAGAAGAUGAAAAGAGGACAGACCUUUUGAGGAAGCAGAGAACAAAGAAUUUAGCCAACAAAAAGGAGUCUAGUUGACCUGGAUGCUUGUUAUUGCCUGAGAGUCUCUGAACAUGGCCCAGAGCUGGUGGAGUUACAACAGAUGACUCCUCUGAGAAGAGUCAAGAAAGCGUUAGAGUAAGUCCAGAGUAGAAACAUGCCCAUCUUUUCAUCAUAAUGGACCACUUGGUACUAUUGGUAAUAUAUCUCUAUUUUUCCUAUUUCUUAUCAUUUGGUUUAUAUUUCACAUUUCCAUAUAAGGCAUGCUUUUCUAAAAAUAUAAUAGAAUGUGAGCUAAGAUUUUAUUCAGUGAAAAUGAAUAACCAGAAAUAACUAAACACUGAAGUGGGGAAAAAAGGAGGCACUCCCCAGGUCUCAGUGCUGUGCAUUGUGAACCUGGUCCUUUCUCUGUGGAGGAAGAAGGCUCCUAAGUCUACUCUGGGUUUCUUACAUUACUAGAAAAAGAGAGAAAGGGGAGCAUAUAGACCCAAGGAGAUGGAAAUCAAGGGCUACUGUAGACAGAUGAGAAGUAUAAGAAAGGAGGAGGGCAGAGGGCUUUUCCUUCACAAUUGAGGCAGCCCAAGAUUCAGAGGAGAGCCAGCAAAGUGCCCGAGCUACUCUGUGACUUCCAGUGACAAAAGUGCUGCCUUCAGAGCAGUACUGAAUUGAAGGACAUCGUCAACCACAUUUUAUAAGGUACCUGAUCAUACACGUUGCAGGAAACCGGACUACUGCGGGUCUCUGCUGGUCUAUGCAGAUAAUGUGCUCGUUAUGGUGAGAAGGCUGCUGGAGCAAGAGGCAAACCUUUUAGAGGGACUGUGGAUUUGACAGGAGAUGAUUUGAUUAGUGAGAAGAGGCUGUAGUGAACAGCAUGAGCCACUAGCAUUAUCUGACAGAGGCAAGGCAGCCAGACAUGGCUUAAGAUUAAGAAGCAGUUGAGAAGAUGCAAAGGGACUAUAUACCCAGGAAUAGGAGCCUGGAUGGGGAGAUGUCUAUGAGCCGAGGCCUCAGUGAGUAUCACUACCAAGAAAGUCAGUCCAGAGCAGGGAUCACCCAAAUGUGGAGGGUGAGGUCUGUAGAACUGAGGCAGAAAAGACCUCAUUGCUUUAAUAGCAAAGGGAU